UAAAGGAGAAGGAAAAACAAAGGAAAAGAAAAGAAAAGAAAAGAAAAGAGAAGAGAAGAAGGAAGAUCAGAGAGUUGGCAAAGAAAAAUGGGAUGGAUCGGGGAGAGCGUAGACUCCAUCAAAUCCCUUCAAUUCAGACAAGUUCUCACCCAAGUUGUCAGUCUUGGUAUGAUAAUUACAUCAGCUUUGAUAAUAUGGAAAGGGUUGAUGUGCUUUACUGGUAGUGAAUCACCUGUUGUUGUUGUUCUUUCUGGAAGCAUGGAACCUGGUUUCAAAAGGGGCGAUAUACUGUUCUUACACAUGAGCAAGGAUCCUAUUCGUGCUGGUGAAAUUGUUGUCUUUAACGUUGAUGGGCGUGAGAUUCCAAUUGUCCACCGUGUAAUUAAGGUCCAUGAACGGAAAGAUACCGGAGAAGUUGAUGUCUUGACGAAAGGGGACAAUAAUUUUGGGGAUGAUAGACUUUUAUACGCUCAUGGUCAGCUUUGGCUUAACCGACACCAUAUCAUGGGGAGAGCUGUAGGGUUCUUGCCGUAUGUGGGCUGGGUGACUAUUAUCAUGACAGAAAAACCGAUCAUCAAGUACAUACUUAUUGGUGCCUUGGGGUUGCUUGUGGUAACAGCAAAGGACUAAUAAGCGGAAUCUUGUUUCUGCGGCUGACAAACGGGAAACACAUCCUCCAUCUCUACCAAUGGCAGAUGUAUUUCACCGUCACUUUUCCCCCUUCAUAUAUCAUCAUGUUUCGUGAAGGAAAGUACUUAGUUCUGGCUAAUGAAAAGGGAUGAUUAAGAAAUAUUUUUAACUAGUUAAAUUAGAGUUGAUUUAGUUUAAAAAUGCAAAGAUAUUUCUUUCUCCUGAUGGAAUAAUUUUUUUGUUGGAGUAUGCAGUUGCAAUAGAAAUAUCAGAAAUUGUUAUGUUGAAUUUGCCAGCAAGCAUGCCGGCUUGGAUACUUCUGUAGUCCCUUGGAUUGGAAAAAAAAAUGUCGUAGAGCAGAA